AUGUCGUUCCGAGGCGACGAGCAACGCCGAUACGGUCAUGUCCCGCCGGUCCAAUACCCUGUCGCCAACGACGGCAAUCAAGACAUCCCCAACAGGAGGCUGAGUUUCAACAGUGGCGACGACGGCGCUGCAACAUCAUAUAGUGCGGGAGGCAACCGCCAGCCUUACCAUCCAACCAUCAAUACCAGGGGUCUAGGACAUGAAGAAGAGCUAUUCAUUGCAAGUAGCGCAGAAACCGCACGACCAAGCUAUGGCUCGACAAAUCCAGCAAUGUCCGGCUACCAACACCAAUACGCUGCUCAAACGCCCUCGUCGCCGUCAACGUAUAAUCCCCAGGCCUUUAUCGGUCGUGCUCAAUCACAGUCGCUCCCAUAUUCUCCACAUCCGACGUCGAAUCGUUAUGGGGCGCAGAGCACUGCUGCUCCAUACAGUCCCACGACCUCAACGCCAAACUACACGCCCGCCCCAUACAAUCCUGCAGCGUAUUCAAAUACCACCAGCCCGGCAGUCCCGCAGCGGCAGUCGACUUACGCAGGUGCCCAGUACAGUGGCUACAAUAGUCAGAGUUAUUCGCCAACUCCAGCCAUGAAUCCAUCAAACUACUGGCAAACGCAGCCGUCGUACGCUUCAUCAGCUCAGACGGCACAAACGUCACCGCCCCCUACUGCCUACGGUGCUUACGAUCAACCAUCACCGGGUCACCCGCCCUACGACACGUCUCAAUACCCUUCCCAGAAUAUAUAUGCCGCAAGCACGACAAGCCCACCGUCGACCUCGUACUCGACGACAACAUCAGCUCAAGCGCCGUACCCGACGUAUUCAAACAUACCCGUCGGGCCGAAUUACUCUGCCAACGAUCCUCACUCGUUUCUGACGAACAGAGCCUCGAGGUCCAGCUCUCAGGUGUCGCCACUGCCUUCUCCCCCCAUCCAGCGUCAUUCAGCCUCGCCCGGACUAGCAAGACACCCGACAAAUGCCCCUUUGCCGAGCCGGCCCGCAGCAGAUGAGUCCUGGGGCGACUCGAACGGCGGAUACGGUGGCGGUCUUUCAGAACAUGUCAUGCAGGACAAUAUCAUGAAAGAUAUCGAGGCCGAGCUACAUGGCAGUCCAGGCUCUCAAAGAAACAGACCACGGCCAUUCGACCAGCGAAAUGGAGGUGUCAGGGAUAACGACUUGCAGAAUCUUCGCCGGCUUACAUCUACUGCGAGUUACCAUUCCACGGCGACGACCGUAAACGCGCAGGACGACGGAGCUGGUGUGGAACGUUACUCUUCAAAUGCAUCCACUGUCAACCGCAAUCAUUCACAGAAUCCAUAUCCUUAUCCAGACGACGACGGUGACGAGAGCGAUCCAGAAGCGGCGGCCGGACUACUUGCCAUGCAGCAAGCGGAUGAAGACGACCGUCGGCAUAGUUCAGGAAUGUCGUUCCCUCUCUUCAGCCAACCAGAAGUGAGUCUUCAUCCUUCUAUGCCAAACUUGCCAGAGGAGCCCAGUAGCGAUAGUGAUUAUGCUGCAAUGGACUUGGGCCUCUUCAGUGGCGGUUAUGCAGGCAACUUGAACUAUGACAACAAUCUGGCAUCGCCUCCCGAGGACGACAUCUACUCGCAAGACACCCAAACCAUGCCAACCCCACGAAGCCGUCAUGCGUCACAACGAAGUCACGAAAGCAACCGCUUUCCCGCUUUCGAAGAGGCUGGCCUCGACUAUGGCGACACUGGUGGCUUGCAAGCCCCCACCGCUCACCGAUUGAGUUUCGAUGAAGGCGAUGAGCGGGUAUCACUGCACUCAAGACAAAGCGGCAGUGAAUCUCCAUACAAGGAAGAUUACCCAGACAUGUUUUACCACCCGGGCUUGUCCAGCAGACCACUUCCAGCAAUUCCUGCAAAUCCCAACUCUGACAGCAGUUCCUUCUUGUCGGUACAGUCCCCUAACCGUGGUGGAGCACAACAAAAUUAUUCAUUCAGCACCGACCCGCGGCCGUACAGCGGACCUGAUGCAUCCUAUGGCCAAAACGCUCAACAAUUACAAGUCGAGAGGUCCAUAUCAUUAUCUGGCCACAGCACAGCGCCACAGGUUCAGAUUCCCAACAGGUCAAGGACUGAUGCAGAGGCCAACCGCAUGAAGCACAUGCGGCAACAGCAACAGUUAGCAGCACAGCAGGGUCUGCCCUACGAAGGUUACGAUGCUGGUACUCCAUCAUCGGGUAUCGACUACGAUGUCAUCACGUUGCCUAGUGGAAGGAAGAAGAAGUUCAUCCCCGAGAAACUGACCAUUGUUGACACACGGACAUGCAUUGAACCCUGGGCCUUGAGCGGCAUCUCUCAGUGGCUGCGAGAAAUGGCCGAGGGCGAACCAGAUCUCAAGCGAAAGACGGUCGAGGAUGGGCUUGUACGCCUGUUUUGCAUCAAGGUGCCAACGAUGAACGUCGCCGAUGCCGAGGGCCUCAGCUCUACCGUUGUGGAUGUGAUGAUGUCAGCCGGCAUUCUCGUUCCAGAGGAAGAGUGGCUGAAGUUUGGCCCUGGUACGGUUACCGGUGUGCUGUGGCAGCUAACAGGAAGUGGCUGUUAUGCGCAACGACUACAUGAAGUUGAUGACGAUGUCAGCGCGCAUGAAUUGUCGACGAGAUGCUACUCCCAUUACUGCGGCCGGACACUGAAGAAGGCCAACAUUGAUGACAUUCUUGCCGAUGGGGUCAAGAAGGUCGACUGGGCUACAUAUUAUAGCUUGAAACCCGAUGAUCUAGAGGGUAAGCACAAGAAAGAGAUCGAACGCCAAAACAAUCUUCACGAAGUCAUCACGAGUGAGGAGGACUUUAUGGACCAGCUUGAUGUUCUCGCUGUGCUAUACCGAAAUCGUCUUCUCGGUUCCCAGCCGCGUAUUGUCGCUGAGAACAGGAUUGAGAAAUUCGUCAAUGCUGUCUUUGGCAAGAUUGAUGCAAUUCAGCAGAUUAACAAGGACCAUCUACUUGCGCAGCUAAAGUAUCGCCAAAAGGAGCAAGGUCCUUGGAUUAUCGGUUUCAGUGACCUUUUCCGAGAAUGGAUUCGAAAAGCCAAGGUGGCGUAUAUCGAGUACGCUUCAUCCUACCCAUACGCCACAUACCUAGUGAGAAAAGAAAAGGAUCGAAACUACAUGUUCAAGCAGUUCCUUGAGGAAAAUCGAGCACAUCCACGGUCUCAGAAGUUGGACUGGACAACCUUUCUCAAAGCCCCCAUCACGCGUCUACAACGAUACAAUUUGCUACUAGGCACUAGCAUGAAGAACAUGCUUGAUGAUAGCGAGGAGAAGGUUAACCUGAUGAAAGCCAUGGAGGAAAUCAAACAAGUCGCUUUGGAAGCAGAUGCCAAAGUGGACGAGAUGACAAAGAAGGUCACCAUGAUUGAGCUUGGGCAAAUGCUUGUUCUGCGCCCAGGAUUCCACGCGGAUCUCAAUCUCGAUCAUCUUGGCCGUGAGCUGAUCAUCCAGGGCGAUUUGCAAAGAAUGGGUUCAAAAGGUGUACGAUGGGUCGAUACGCAUGCAUUGCUGUUUGAUCAUUAUCUUAUCUUGUCCAAACUUGUUCCGUCAAAGGACGGUAGACUGGACAAGAAGUAUGAUGUAUCAAAAGAGCCGAUUCCUAUGCCGCUACUCUUCCUUGAGAGCAGCCAGGACGAGGCGGUUUCGAAGCAAAAGGGUAUCGGUACACCCUUGACAAGGGCAGCAAACUCCACCACAGAUGUCAGAAAGGGCGUAGAUCCGAGACUCAACAAGCCUGGAACACCCUAUUCCAACGGAGGUGACAGGCCUGGCCUCGAGCAUGCAGCAACAAACUCAUCCAUUGGUUCCGUGGGAGUCACUCGGCUUGCUCCAACAAACUCUAACGAAGCCGAGGGCAAGAUUCUGUACCCUUUCCGUAUCAAGCAUCUGGGCCAUGAGGUGUAUACUCUCUUUGCCUCGUCCGCGCAGGCACGACAGGAGUGGUGUGACAGGAUCAUUGAAGCCAAAACCCGUCAUGCCAAGGCACUCCAUGCACAAAAUGCCGAGCCAUUCCGUUUGCGUGUCGUUGCUGACAGCGCGUUUGGCUAUGACUCGAUUGCUGGCAUGGGUAAGUAUGUCAGUGGCGUCCAUAUUCGCGGCACACCUCUUGAUCGGGCUAUCCGCGAUCUUGAAAAGACGUUUGGACCAGGGCGCGGGCCACCGCCCGUGUCGCGUGCAUCUGUGAAUUGUGCAACAGGAUUCUCGGCUUAUGGAAAGAAUAUGAUCGCGGUCGGCACCGACGCUGGUGUUUGUGUGGCUGACGCCAGUGACCAGCGAGGCUGGGCAAAGACAAUUUCUAUUGCGCGCGUCACGCAGAUAGCAGUACUGGAAGAGUUUUCUGUUGUCCUCGUCUUGUCAGACAGGAAUCUGAUUUCAUACCCACUCGAUGUCCUUGCUCCGUCAUCAAACUUCCCGGCUCCGCCAAACGACAAUGUGCGCCGGUCGCCACAGAGACUUGCAAAAGACGUCUCAUUCUUUGCGACAGCUCGUAUGAAGGAACGCAUGCUAGUCUUUUACAGAAAGAAAGAAGGUAUGCACAGCACAUUCAAGGUCCUGGAGCCCGUGUUCCAAAAGUCGACGGAAAGAAAGACGCGCUUCUUCAAGACCGGGAAGGGUUCUGGGUCCACCGAGACUUUCCGCGACUUUGACGACUUUUACCUGCCAACAGAAUGCUACUCGAUCAACCUCUUCAACAUGUACAUUGCGAUUGCAACCGCGAGGGGCUUUGAACUCAUGACGCUGGACAAGAAGAUUCCAAUGAGUAUUCCUGAUGUGAAGCAGCCUGCCAUUGCCAAUAUUGCGAGCCGCAUCAGAGACCAGAAACCCCUGGGCAUGUUCCGCCUCAAUACCCAAGAGUUCCUGCUCGCGUACGAGGACUGUGCGGUCUAUAUCGACAAGCACAGCGAUGUCAGCCGUUCCGUCAUCAUGGAAUACAGUGGAAAGUUGAAAAAGGCCAAGGGUGCGACGAUGUAUGGUCAGUACCUUUUACUGUUCAACGAGGACUAUGUGGAAGUUCGCAAUGCCGAAAACGGGCGUUUGAGGCAGAUCAUCGCUGGACGAGACGUGAGAGUGCUUGAUUAUGGUGUUAGAGGCCCAACAGGUGGCUUCUAUCAGCAGGGCAAUGGUUUUGACCCUCUAGCGAAUGGAGGAGAGAUAGGGGUGGCGUCCAAAGGCACAGUCAAGAUUUGCAUGGCACAUCCCGAGGUGGCUGGACAGCAGAUUGUGCUCGAAAUGCUCCUUAAUAAUGGGCAUUCAGAGAAAGCAUGA